CGAAAUCUCUAAACCCUCCUGUCCUAGAACCUUCUACGCCUUUCUAUUUCUUCCGUUAAAGCAACCCCCACUCUCCACCUUCUUCCUCGCACCUGAAAUCAAGAACCCUAAUUCUUCCACCACACACUUAUGGCGAAGCGCUUAAUUCCAUCUCUCAAUCGUGUCUUGAUCGAGAAAAUCGUUCCUCCUUCCAAAACCUCUGCCGGCAUUCUUCUACCUGAGAGCUCCUCCAAGUUGAACUCCGGCAAGGUGAUUGCGGUGGGUCCUGGUGCACGGGAUAUUAACGGGAAUCUGGUUCCGGUCUGUGUCAAAGAAGGUGAUACCGUUCUUUUGCCUGAAUAUGGAGGCACGUCAGUGAAGCUCGGGGAGAAAGAGUAUGCUUCUACUUUUCUUGCUCUGUUUGUAGAAAUGAUGGUCUUCGAUUUAAAUCUUCCUGCGUAUGCCUACUGUAUUUGCCUCCUUAGUUCAUUGUCAUUAUCUCAAAUUGAACAAUUUUAUAAUUUUAGAACGAGAUUGGAAUAUUCAGGACUAUGUGUGAGUUUGAGAUAUCAAUCUUAUUAGAAAUUGCUGUUUCUUCUCAAGUAUUCGUUGAUUCUUUGCCGAAUUCAUAUUAGUCUAAGAAGACUAAAGUAGAAUGUAAAUAUUGAUUUCCUAUUCGAUUUCAUGAUUUUGGUUUGAUUUUUCUUUGGUGGGGUUUAUCUGCAGGUUUCAUUUGUUUAGAGAUGAAGACAUUUUGGGAACUUUACACGGUUGAUUAUCAAUCUAAUUCAACAGUGAACUGUUUGUGCCUUUGUUAAAGCUUCAUUCUGGUAUUUUUGAUUUAGUUUUCUUUCAUGUUGUAGCUUAUUGAAUGCUAGAACUAGAAUGAAGAACGUGAUCAAUCAAUGAUUGGUUUUCCAUUUAGUUAAA